AUGGACACGUGCUCUCUCAGCAUGGGAGCAUUGUGGACCGAGCCUGAAAAUUUCAGUGCUCCGUUGGUUUUGUACCUGGAAGAGGAGCAGGAGGAGGAGAUUUUCGGGCAGGAGGACAGAUACCUUCGCUGCAUGGAGGAGCACAGCCACACCCUCAUUCAGCUGGAGCCCUGGUUCACCGUCACAGGCCACACUCGAGUCACCGUGGUGGGGCCCCCAAGGGCCAGACAAUGGCUGAUGGGCAUGAUAUGGCUUUUGGAGCACAAGGACUUUCACUAUCGAGCUCGAGGCUACCAGAUGCUGCAAAGUGUCCGGAGCCAGCCACUAACCACAAAAGACUUGGCCGCCUGCCUCUGUGUGCAGCUGGACUCCUUGGUGGUGAAAGGCUACCAGGACAAGUGA